AAUAUCAUCCUUGAAAGAGCUGAAGAUUAUUAACAAGCACAUAUUUCUAUAUUGACAUCAGAGGUGAAUGCCAAAGAUGAAGGUACUUUUCUCUCUCAUUGCUCUACUUUACAUAGGGAUUACAUCGUCUCUAGCACAAAUCAACUGCAAUCAUGCAGGACAAGGCCUUCCUCACCCAAUGGUGGAAUUGUCAACCGGAAAGUACUAUAUUGACGACAAAAGCUUUCCUACGUGGAAUGAAACGCGCCUAUUUUGCGAAAACUUUGGGCUAGAACAGGUCACUUUUGAUUCUGUUGAGGAAAUGCAAGUUGUUUGGGAUGCAACAGCUGGAAGUCAAAGAGCAAAUUACUGGACUUCUGGGUUUUACGAUGAAAUCCAAGGCAUUUACACCUGGAGCAAUGGAAAGCCAGUGCCAUUGGAAUUUUUCACCGCCGGAGAACCCAAUGAGGCUGGUGGAGUUGAGCGAACCGCUGUGGUACUCAAGAAUGCCACUUUGUAUGAUAUUCGUGCUGAACUGUUCUACCACAUCAUCUGCGAACUUCCAGAGAAGUGUUACAAGCCUUAAAAAUGCAGUGAGCAAACUAUUAUCAAUAAAGUAGUCUGGCAAUAUCA